AUGUCUUUGCCUUGGCCAGAUCCUGGUUUCGUCGUGACACGUGUUGCCAACCUGACUGAGCGAUCAGUCACAGUGAAGCAGUUGAGGCAGCUGGCACUUUUCUUGCAGAGGUUGUGCAAGGCCUUGCUCCUCAAGCACAGUACCGAGCACUCCAAAGACAUUGGGUGCUAUGAUGAGUACAUAACUUGGUUCGACAUCAACAUGUAUGAUAUCACAUCGGAAGUCAUCAAGAAGGUGAUACCGUAUGUGGAUCCACAAAUAGAAGGUGCCCAGCAUGCUCAGAUAGAGCAAGAGUGGUGCAGCUGGAGUGAGUUUGUUGCACCAAAACCUCAGCCAGCAAAACUCAUGAUCAGCCACUGGUGGGGUGGACGCUUCCGAGACUUCAUGCGGGUCAUUCAAGAGUUGUGCGUCGAUGAGGCUCUACCUGGAAGCACCCCACUAUGGGUGUGCACCUUUGCCAACAAUCAAUGGGGUGAGGACUUUGGCGACAGGCUGGCAGACUGUCCUUUCUACAGAACUGUUGCAGCUGCAGAUAUGACAGUCCUGAUCGUGGAUCGGUCCGCCGGAUCUUUGGGCAGAGUUUGGUGUGGGCUGGAGCUCUAUCAGACGAUCCGGUCUCAGAAGCGAUUGCUGAUUUACACUCCAUCAGGACUCGUGGGUCACUCCUCUGGGCGGGCCUCUUCAGGACCACUGAUUGAGGCGAUCAAAGCUUGGGAUAUUCGUCAGACUGAUGCUUCAGAAGAUGCCUACCGACGGCAAAUCCUGAACUACAUCGCUGGCGUAGAUGAAUUUGAAGGCUUGGAGCUGGUAGCAGACGGUAGCCUGGCACGAGAUCAUGGCAGACCCCUCCUGGAAGAUGAAGAACUUGAAGAUCAGGCCCUACGCAGCUCUGGGGCACUGGAGUACAAGCAUGAGGCCUGCCUAUUCAAAGAUCACUCCAAAGUGUUCGAGGACCUGAAUAUGAUGGUACGAGUCGAGGUCUAUGCGACUGUUGGGCGGAGUUACAUUCUGCGAGGAUGUCAUGUGCCUCGCAAAGAGCACAGAGGUGUGAAGCUAGGACAAUGGCGGGCGUUCACGCGCCAGGCUGAGGCCGACUGGCAUCAGCGUCGCUGGACUCCAGCUUCUGGCAAGUUGGACUCGUUUGCUCCUGCGAGCUUUGGAGAUGUUGACCUCCGCAUGGUUUACAACCUGUUCGUCAAGCCGCGCGUGAGUGCUGCUACACGCUCCUACAUGGAGAUGGUGUCAGAUGGCCCACAGCUGCCCAAAUAUUAUGUCAGCAUAUCGUGGGACACUCGAAUCGCCGACGCAGCAGCGGCCAUCGACUGGUGGGCUGAGGCUCUCCAUCUACCAGACUCCACGGUCCUUUUCGUGGACUUCUUGUCUGUUGGUCCUGGUUCUGAGGGCACCAAAGGAGACGAGCAGAAGGAGCACGUGAAAGGCGUGGCUUUCCCAGCUGCCGAUGAACUGCUCGAGUGCCAGGCACUACUGGGAGUUCUGGGUCAUGAUGCGCCGGAGAUGGCAAGCGCAUGGCGGUUUCUGGAGUUCGAAUUCGCAUCGCGAAAUGGUCUAGACAUUUACAUGGCAUGCGCAACAGGGGCGCUGGCGUGUAGCUGCCCAUUUGCUGAUGGCAGCUGGGUUUUUGGCAGGUUCGAUGCUGACAUUGGACGCAGCAUGCAACAUGUCUCCAGCCGCAACUGCAAAGCCAAAGCCGGAGACCUGCAGGCCAUCAAGGAAUACUUCGAAUCAAGGGGUCAUGGACAAGCAAUCUAUGACCAAAUUGAUUGGCGAUUCCAGCGAUGGGGCGCAGGCCCCGUGCUGCGUGAAGCGGCAGAAAGUGAUGAUGACGAGGAAGUCAAGGCCAUCUGCAUGAAUCCAUCCCUUGUGAUCAACGGUUCCAGUCUGCAAGGUGCGCACAACGAAACGGCUCUGCACAUUGCGGCGGCAGCAGGCUCCAUGGAAGCCAUGAGGGCCCUCCUGAGGCUGCAUGCAGACCCCAACGCACAAGAUCAGCUGGGCGAGACCCCGCUGCACUACGCAGCCUUGGCAGGCCAAAGUGCCGCCGCAGCCUUGCUUCUUGAGGCUAAGGCUAAUAUCCUUUGCGAGAAUGCCCUCGCACAGGACCCCUUGUUCGUGGCCCAGCAGAAUCCGGCAGGCUUCCUUGGCAUUUCCAUGAGCAGCUUCGCCGGCUUUCCACUGCAGCUUUCCGGCCUAGGCACAUAG